ACUACCACAGAGUACAUCAUUCCCGAGUGCAUACGCGUAGAAUCCUCGCUCCAAGUCGUCAUGCUGCGAUUCAUCCUCCUCAGUCUGGUUCUCGCCGGUCUGGCGUGGUCCGCACCCACGUCGGUCCCGGUGGCAAUCCCGAAAUCGCUCGCCCUCGUCACCGAUCUCAAGACUCCGGCAUCAACCACCAAGCUCGCCCCCCUCGUCGCACCGGUCGGCACCCCGGUGUUCGCACCGCUUUCACGCCUCGCAUACGCGCCCGUUCUGCCGCAAUUAUCACCGUACGCUUAUUCCGUGCCGAUCGCGGAGAUCCCGUCGAGUUACUCGAUCGAGCAACAUGGGUACCAUAUUACCUACUGACUACAAAGAUCAUCAGACCGGUAGCCGUCGACCUCAGUGAAGGCGUGUGAAAGUUUGUAUAGCAGCUCGCAGCUUGUCUCCUCAUCGAUAAUCAUCGUCUAUCGUGUAAUCUCAUCCACGCAAAAAAAAAAAACAAUAAGAACUUA